AUGGAAGAUCUGAAAUCAGCAAUGAAUGAACACAUGGAUCUAAUGUCAGAUCUCGUCGAGAAAUUUAGUGGUGAACUUCGCACACUCACUGAUGAACACCACGUUGGAUUGCAACCUGUUGUCGAUAAUUUCCUUGGCUUCUUCCAUGCUAUCAAUUGGAAGGAAACUCGGCUGAUGGCCUUAUUAUCGUUUCAUGUCGCCCUGCUGUUAACAAUCAUCUUAUCUAGGAAGAAUACCAAUAUUCAGACGAGCUUGUUCUUUGUCGCAUUGGUGGGUGUUUACUUUGCAGAAAAUAUGAAUACAUUUCUUGGUAGCAACUGGAAAAGUUUUGCGGGACAAAACUAUUUUGACAAGCGUGGUGUGUUUCUGUCAGCACUCUGGUCAGGACCUCUUCUGGUCAUUUCAAUCAUAAUCAUGGUAAACAUGCUCUUUUCCUUGUGCCAAGUAAUGGUUAAGUGGAAAAGAGCUGAGCUCAAGCACAAGGCAAGGGCUGCUCGUAACAAGCAAGAAUGACCACUAAGCAUACUCUUGUUUUCCUAGUUGACGAACGGGGAUCCACUUCAUUCCCUCUACUCUGGUCGAUC